GUAGUUUAUAUUUCCUACAAAAAUACUAAAAAAAAUGCAUAGCACCCAGGAUGAUGACAGUGACAAGUUCACAUGAGCCCAACCAGAUAAUACAUGGGGUCCCUACUAUAAACUUAAUAUUCUCAACUCUCAACAAAGAAAGAUAGAAGCUAGGCUAAGAGAAAUUGAAGAGAGAAUUUAUUCAAGGAAAAAGGAAAAGGAAAAGAAAUAAACUGCUAUUGUCGCACAGGAGAAGGUUCGAGGGAGGCGCUCUCCUGGAAAUAAAAUCACACCAAAUAAACCUCUUUUUCUUUCUCUUUCAUUCUCUUCUUUCAAGGUCAACAACUAGAUGAAGUUGCAUUGUAUUUCCUUGAAACGUCCAUGAUGGGCGGGUUUAUUGUUGUCCAAUUCUAGUUUUCGUGUUUGGGUCUUGCUGGUCAAAAGAACAAAGCACCGACUUUCUGAUUGUACUGAGAUGGUGAGAGAUAGCUUAAGCUAACCCCCUUCCUGCUUCUCCUGGUACUCCCCUAGCUCCCAAUAGUCUUCAACCCUAGCAAAACCAAGAAAAGUAUAACAAGUAAAAACAUGGCACAGUUUCUUGUGCUUUUCGUUUGUCUGUUUGUUUGUUUUUUUUAAUUUCAACUAGCCCAACUAGUCCCCACUUUUCUUCCUUUCUUGUUAGGUUUGUCUGGUUGAUUUUUCUUCCUCAUCUCUAUCGUUUAGAUCCCCCACGAAAAGUCACAAUUGGUGCUAAAGAAACCAUGGAUUUUGUGUCCUCAGGCAGGGAAGGGUUUAGUGAAGAAGAACAGAUGGGUAAAGGUAAGCUCCCUUUUCAAUACUCUUCCUCUUCUUCUCCUUCACCUUCUUCUCAACACAAAACCCUGCUGCCUCCUCUUAGCAACUCUCGACGGGAGCAGCAGCCUCAUCAGAUUUACGACAGCCACCACCAAAUGAGUUCCAACUGGUUAGGCAACAGGUAUGGACCUGAAGAAGAUAACGAACCAACUGCCACAGCAACUGCAAGUGAAGCUGAUUCCAAACGCGUAGACUCAGAUUCAACCCUUGAACUCAGGAGUAGUGCAAGUGCCAACAUCGAGAAAGAACACAUGUUCAACAAAGUAGUCACUCCAAGCGAUGUGGGGAAACUCAAUCGACUUGUUAUUCCAAAACAACACGCUGAGAAGUAUUUCCCGUUGGAUUCUUCCAUGAACGAGAAAGGUCUUCUGUUGAAUUUCGAGGACAGAAAUGGGAAGCCGUGGAGAUUCAGGUACUCUUAUUGGAAUAGCAGCCAAAGCUAUGUUAUGACCAAAGGCUGGAGCCGUUUUGUCAAGGAUAAGAAACUUGAUGCUGGCGAUAUUGUUUCUUUCCAAAGAGGAGUAGGUCAGUUGGGUAAAGAUCGUCUUUUUAUUGAUUGGAGGCGGAGACCUGAUGCACCAGACCCGGUUUCUUUUCAUCCACAUCAACACCACUUGUCUUUGCACCGCUCAAUCCCAUGGAAUCCAAUGCUUAUGCUGCCACCAAAAACAGGAAGAGAUCACUUGCACUUGUCCCAGAUAAACCCUCUAAACAGAAAUAGCUACUACGGUAGUUAUCCAACUGGAAGCAAUGUGGUGAAUCCAGGAAGUACAAUGGGAUCAGUAUUUUAUUUUAGAUCAGCAGUGGCUGCAGCAGCCCCUAACAUGGGAACGGGAAUGAUGGAAUGGCAACAGCAAGGUGGAGUUGUAGAGCCAAUUGUGUUUGAUUCGGUGCCGGUGGUCCAAGGCAAGGCUGCAGUCAAGAGGUUAAGGCUUUUCGGGGUGAACAUGGAAUGUCCCAUAACGGAGUCGGUUGAUUGUGAGAUGUUAUCUACAACUACCAUAGCAAAUGCUACAAUGGCAUCGCAGCCUCCUCAAAUUUCUUCAUCGUCCCAGUAUCCUCUCCAAUUAAGGCUCUACAAUGGCACCCCACUGCCCCCCACUGACUUUCUUAAUGCCAACAAAGGGAAGGCUUCCAUGUCCUUGGAUUUGGAUAUGUGACCAUAAGAAAUUGAUUUGGCUUACAGUAUAUUCAACGACCAAAUUAAUUACCUUUGCCACAAUCGACAGUGCCUGCCACCACCGUCGCCACCAUCAAACAACAACAAUAUGCGUGAAGAUAAGGCUAGAAGAAGAGCAAGGCUAGCAGCUAAUCCGCUUCUUUUUUCAAUUUAUCUCUUCUUGAUUCUUAUGAGGGAGAAGACUCAGCUGUUGAAAUAUACAAUGCUGGUUUAUGAUCAUAUCCUUAUCUAUGCUUAAUAAAAAGGGAAGGAAGAAUAUUGAUGAGUAUUUGAGUGGAAAAAGUUUCACAUUUCAAUGUUGUUGUUCUACAGCUUAAUUAGAAUAGAAGGGUAGUUCAAGGUUUGGGUGCCUGUGAAGGUUUAGUUAGAGAUGACAUGACCACAACUAUAAACCAAGAGUCUUUUACUUUUAACUUGUGUAUAAAAUAUAAGUGUUACACAUAGAUAGUUAUAUAAGACAUAGAUCCAUCAGGCCCGAGAUUUCAUGUAUGCUUUUUGUAGGGCCUGGUCUCUCCUAAAGGUAUCCAUCCCAUUGUUUCCACUGAAUUAGUUCCCAAGUAUCUUUAUCCCCUUUGGCUCGUAACUGCUCUUCCUCUUUCUUUAUCUUUCUCUCACUCUCUCUCCACUGUUGUUUAGUUAAUAACAACCUUUCCUGACUCCUCAGUAACUGAGCAGAGUGCUAGCUAACUGAUGUAAUCCAAGUUUUUGCUCUCUUUUGUUUUUACCUUGGUAGGUUGUUGUUCUUGUCGCUGCUUCGUUGGGCACGCCCGCAAGUUGUGCAGAGAAAUUUGCAGGGCUUUUAAAAGGUAGGAUUCAUCUCAAUUUUCUUGGACCCUUUUGUUUAUAUAUAUUAAUUCUUUCUCACUUGUUUAUCCCCUUACACAUUAAUAUGUUUCCUUUUUGUUCUUUUCAAGAUUGAAUGUUCCCCAUAUCUCUAAUUUGCUCGUUUCCUCGAUCAUUUCAAUUCACCACAUAGAUACAUACUGUUAACUCUCUCGGAGAAUGCAGAUGCCAUCAUAAAUAUAAAUUUAUUUUAUUCCUUUUGUAGUAGUUAUCUGGUUAGCUUGCACUGCAUUUUCUUUUAGAUGAAACUGUUUGCACCAACAAUUUUUUUUCUUUAAUUUCCAUCCCAUGUAUUGAACAUAUCAUUAAUUUCCAUCCCAUGUAUUGCGUCAGCUGAAGUAGAGAACAGGACCUUUAUCUUUCAGUUUAGCCACAUGUUUUCGCCUUUUUGCAAGAACUUAUACCUAUAAUCCUUCAAAAGUUACCAAAACAAAAUUAAUGGCCUCCAACUUUGAAAAUGUUGUAGCUUUUCUAUU